AUGGCCUCAGACGGUCGAGCCAGCUCCCCUGCUGUAAGGCAGGCCAAUCCAUGGCUCCACUCCCCGACUUUGCACCGAGAUCGGCACCGUGACAGGCAGACGGCGUCCGGGUCCUGGUGCCCCGGUCACCGCCGGCUGCCCCCCUUGCCUGCUGCUCUCCCUGGGGUGCUCCGGGCACCCUCGGCUGCCCUCCUGCCUGCUGCACUCCCUGGGGUGCCCGAGGCACCCUCGGCUGCCCUCCUGCCUGCUGCACUCCCUAGGGUUCCCCGGGCACCAUCGGCUGCCCUCCUGCCUGCUGCACUCCUUGGGGUGCUCCGGUCACCCCCGGCUGCUCCCCUGCCUGCUGCUCGCCCUGGGGUGCCCGGGUCACCCCCGGCUGCCCCCCUAGCUGCUGCUCUCCCUGGGGUGCCCCGGGCACCCCUGGCUGCCCUCCUGCCUGCUGCACUCCUUGGGGUGCUCUGGGCACCCUUGGCUGCCCCUCUGCCUGCUGCACUCCCUGGGGUGCCCCGGGCACCCUCGGCUGCCCUCCUGCCUGCUGCACUCCCUGGGGUGCCCCGGGCACUCCCGGCUGCCCUCAUGCCUGCUGAGCUCGUCAUCCUGCCGCGACGACUCACCAUGUCCUUCAAGAAAUCCGCAAGCAGCCGGAAGCCGGCCGGCACGCUCGAGAUCUUGGACGGCAAGAAGAUCCUUGAGCUGGUGCAGGACGAGGCGGCAUUCACGGCGCACCUCACGGCGGCCUUUGAUGAGCUCGACGCCGACAAGAGCGGCACUUUGAGCCGCGCGGAGCUGCGCCCGGCGUUUCUGCGCAUUGCGCGCCUGGGGGGCCUGCCGGAGCCGGGCAGCAGGGCGGAGUUGGACCGCGCGGUGGACGCGGUGUUCGGGCUGCGGGAGGGCGGAGACGACGAGCGGGGCGUAUUGGGGAAGGACGAGUUCGUGUUGUUGUCGAAAGACGUGCUCACUGACAUCGCCACCUCGCUCGCAGCGGAGCCGCUCCUUGUGCAGGUGUUCAACGGCGCGGCGCUGCGCCACGUGGCGGGUAGCGCGGAGCAGCGAGCGGCGGUGGCGGAGGCGGCGUUCAAGGAGAUGGACAAAGACGGCAGCGGCAAGCUGUCGAAGCAGGAGCUGCUGCCCGUGCUCGCCGCGCUCGGCAUCGACGGCAUGCCGCCUCCCCAAGUGGCGGACGCCAUGCUGUCGGCGCUGCUGGAGGAGUACGCGGCGGGCGCGGAGGAGAUGGAGCGCGAGCAGUUCGAGGAGCUGUUUUCACAGCUGGCGGCGGGCAUGGCGGACCUGCUCGAGGCGCAGCCUGCCAUCGCGGUGGAAGCGGCGGUCGUGCUCAACGGAGGGAUGCUCAGAAAGAUGCUCGCGAGCAAGGAGCUGUUUGAGGAGGAGGCCAGCGCGCUCUUCGCUGACUGGGACGUCAGCAAGUCCGGCCAGCUGUCGCGCGCUGACGUCAUCAGCGGGCUGCGGCGGCUGGGCAUGGCAUGGGGGCUGCCGCCGCAGCAGGGCGGGGAGAUGGACGCGCUGUUCGCGGACCUGUUCGCGGCGGCGGACUUCGAUAGCAGCGGCUCCGUGGACCGCGAUGAGUUCUCGGCGCUGCUCUUCGCGCUGCUCACGUCCAUCGCGCAGCAGCUGGAGCAGAACCCCAUCGUGCUGGGCGUGAGCGUGGUGGUGGACCUGCCGAUGGGCGGCGAGGUGCUGGACGGCAAGAAGCUGCAGCAGCUGGUGGCGGACGAGGUGCAGAUGGACGCGUUCCUCGCCUCCAAGUUCGACCUGCUCGACCGCAACAGCGACGGCCGCCUCUCGCGCGCCGAGCUGCAGCCUGCGUUCCUGCAGGUGGCGCAGCUGCUGGGGCUGCCGCCGCCUGGCACACAGGAGCAGCUGGACGCGUUCGUGGCGGGCAUGUUCGCGAGCGUGGUGUCUGACGACCCCGACGCCACUGUGGACCAACAUACCUUCGUGCAGCUCUCCAAGCAAGUGCUCUCUGCUGUCGCGCUCAAGAUGAAAGAGGACCCGCUGGUGCUCUUGUCGCUGGACGGGGCGCGCCUGCGGCAGCUGCUGGCGCCAGAGGCGGAGGCGGAGUUUGAGGGCAUGGCGGGGGAGGUGUUCACAGCCAUCGACACGGAUGGCAACGGGGUGCUUUCCUUCUCCGAGCUCAGCCCCGCGCUGCAGGCCAUGGGCGUCGCCAUGGGCCUCCCCCCCGCCGGCUUGAGGGAGAAUGCGGACACGGUGGUGGCGGACGUGGUGGCGGAGUACGGCCACGGCAAGCGUGAGCUGAGCCGCGGCGACUUCAGUGCGCUGCUACGCGACAUGCUGGGGGACGUGGCGGCGCGCCUGGAGGAGCACCCUGUGCUGCUGGGCCACAGCGCCACCGUGCUCAACGGCUCGCGCCUGCGCAAGCUGCUGCAGAGUCCGGAGCAGCUGCAGGCGGUGGCGGAGGAGCUGUUCCGCGACUGGGACACGCACAACCACGGCAAGCUGUCCUCCCGGGACGUCUCCGCGGGGCUGGCGGGGCUGGGCCCGUCGCUGGGGCUGCCACCGCCCGUGGCUAAGGACGCGGAGGGGUUCUACCGCGAGCUGUUCGUGGCGGCGGACAUGGACGACAGCGGCUUCCUGGACCGCGCUGAGCUGCGCGGCAUGCUGCAGUCGCUCUUUGAGAAGCUCGCCUCCGAGCUGGAGGCGAAGCCCCUCGUGCUCGAGUGCACCGUCAUCUCCACCUGA